GUGUGGUGUACAGUACCGCCGAGGGUCAUGGGGUCGCCUCCCUCGGUGAGCUCCACACUCGCUCCCGAGCCGCCGUCGCACGCCCCGCUCCGUCCCGUCUCUCCGCCGGUGUCGAUUUGCGUACUUGGGUUCCUCGAUUUUUUUUCUUAUUUUCUUUUUUCCUUUUUUUAAUGAGAAUUCGAAAUUGAUCUGAGGAAGGCGAAGCUGAUGGCCGCCCUGGCGCAUGUCAUUGUUGUUUGUUUUUCUGGUGUGAAUCGACAACCACAGUUAGGGCAGUUGAUCUGUUAAGAACGGUCAUUUAUUGGGAAUGGACAGGAGAUUAACAAUCCUUAUUCCUACGUAGAUUUUGUCGAUGAGAAUACUUAAAGACUAAAAAACGGAGAAGUCGUUUGCCGUGGUUAGCCGCGCGGCUCCACUCACCACAGUGUCAAACCAUUGCUUGUUGUUAAGAGACUCUAGUGAGGCACCAUGAAGCUCCCUCUCGACCGCACGACCAUUAACGUGAUCAUCCUCGGUCUCGCCUUCAUGUUCAUCUUCACCUCCUUCCAGACGCAGGGGAACAUGCAGCAAGUGGUUAUCAGAAGCAUCCAGCAUGAAGAUCCUACUUUCAAAGGCUCGGGUUACAUAUCCCUGGCUGUUAUUUACGCCGUGUUCGCCACCUUCAACUGGCUGUCCCCGUCUUGCCUCAGUUUCCUCGGGCCGAAGAUUACUAUGAUCAUUGGCGGGAUCUCUUACGCAAUCUUCAUAGCUGGAUUCCUUUGGCCUCAGACAUGGAUUUUAUAUUUAACCUCAGUGUUAGUGGGUGCUGGUGCUGCUUUAAUUUGGACUGGACAAGGAAAUUACCUCACUUUAAUGUCAGACCAGACAACAAUAUCUCGUAACUCUGGAAUCUUCUGGGCCAUGCUUCAGAGCAGUUUGUUGUUUGGUAACAUCUUUGUAUACUAUCAGUUCAUGGGAAAAGAGAUUAUUGAUUCCUACACUAGAAUGAUAGUAUUCUCAGUGUUAACCAUUGUUGCUGUGAUUGGUGUAUGUGUAAUGUGCAUAUUGCCCAAACCUGGCUCUGAAGGAGGCGGCCGCACUGAUGAUUUAGGAGGUCCAUAUGUGGCGCUGAAGAAGUCCUUUGCACUAUUUAAAACCAAAGAUAUGCUUCUCUUAUCUGUUACAUUCUUUUAUACAGGUGUUGAGUUGUCCUUCUUCAGUGGGGUGUACAGUGCCUGUCUAGGGUCAACUCUGCGGUUCCCAGAUCCCAAACGCUUGGUUGGUCUGUCAGGCAUGUUCAUAGGUGUUGGUGAGAUUUUGGGUGGAGGAGUAUUUGGUAUCUUUGGAAGUAAAACAGUGAAAUCUGGACGUGACCCAAUUGUGAUCUUAGGAUAUGUGGUUCACAUGGUUUGCUUCUUCCUGAUUUUCUUGAAUCUCCCAACAAAUUCACCACUUCAGAAUACCCUUGAUACAUCCUUCUUACCAGGUGGACAACCAAG